AUGGCUGCCCCAGCUGCUGACUUGCAGAGGCUUCUGCAAGCUUACCUCGAGGCCCACGGUCGAGGGGCCCUGGAUGAAUUAAUGUUGGGGGUGAGGAGCGUGGCCCAGGAGGAAGGAGUGGCGUCCGGUCAGCCUGGGGCAUCUGGCGAACGGAGGGCCAGGAGAUCGAGGCCUCCGUCGCGCCUUUCCCCAAGCCCGGUCUCGCAGCGGGAGCGGAGACAUAGUGGCAGCUCGGCAGCGCACCUGGAGCGGCCAUCGGUCCCCGGGAGGCGAUGGACUCAGGCCGCUGAGGGUGUCCGGGCCGAAGAUGCGGCUGCGGCAAUGGCGGAGGUGAGGCCGGAAAAUCAUGCAGCCCGCGCUCUUCUCUUCCGGCCCAAACGGAUGUGA